GAUUGGGAAGUUGAAGUGAGAGAGGUAGAACAAGUUUUAGUCCAAAAUUAGUACUGGAGUGUGGUAUCAGCAUAAAAACGGUCAGGUCUUCGGGUCGGACCUACCAUGGCGCUCUCACAACCCGCGAAAUGGACGACCGUUACCUCAGCCUUGCCGCCAUGGCUGCGAGCUCGGAGCUUCAGAUCAGAAGCGGCAUUGGAGGCCAUAGCCAAAGCUUCCCAAGACAAGGUCCCUAGUUUAGUCCUCUACAACUAUCCCUCCUUUUCUGGCGCUUUCUCGGCUCUCUUCGCCCACCUCUUUCACUCCCGUCUCAACCUCCCUUGUCUCAUAUUGCCUUUCUCUUCGGUCGAACCUCUCAGGGUUGAGGAUUUAUGCACUGAAGGCCUUAAGAGAUUGUAUCUUCUCGACUUUUUCGGUCCCAAAGGAUUUGCCAAAGAGCUUUCUCGGCGAGCUUCGUUCAAAGUGAUUGGAUUCGAUCAUCGAAAAUCAGUUCUUCCUAUUGUACCUUCUGAGGAAGAUUGUCCCACAAAUCUCACAUUUCAUCUGAAUGUUGAGAAGAGCAGCUCUAUUGCUGUGUAUGAAUACUUCUCUGCUAAACUUGCUGAGACCAAACAUUCUGAUGGAAUGAUUGCAACAUUAUUAGAAUCAAAGGACCAAGGUCGUGUAGAAAUGACACUCAAGCACAUUGAAGAUACUGAUUUACGUAGAUGGAGCUUAGCAGAUUCGAAGGCGUUCAAUAUUGGACUUGACAAAUGGCGGUCAAAGUUGAAUUGCUUAACCAAUCCAUACAUGUAUGAACAGUUGAUGGAGAUUAAUUCUGCUGAAUUGAUUGCUAUGGGAAAUUCUUAUAUUUCUACUUGUGAAAGAGCGGCGGAGAAGUUGCUUGAUAAAGUUUUCAAAGUUAUGUUGGGCAGAGGAUUUUAUGGGGAAUGCCUGGGAGUUCGAGCAGAUACAAAUUCCGAUUUAGUUGAUGAAAUUGGCAAGAAACUUAGUAUAAAAAGUGCUGCUGCAGGUCUCAGGCCUAUAGGAGCUGUUGUACACAUGCAAGGAAAUAAUCUCAAAAUAUGCUUGAGGAGUAUUGAUAGUGGCAUCGAUACCUCUGAAGUUGCAAAAGCAUAUGGUGGAGGGGGCUCUUCAAGAUCAAGCUCCUUUAUCAUAAGGAUGGAUGAGUAUAACCAGUGGCUUUCUGCGAUAUAAAGCAGUUAUAAUGCUGAUUGGGAGAGUGAAAGUGAAGCCUAUACCAGCAGCAAAGAGAAGGCCCCACCAUGGCAUCUGAACCUGGUCAUUCAAAAAGAUGCAGAGUGCUAGGGAAACUACUAGGGUCACGCCAAGCAAGAAGUAAAACCACCAGGAAGGUAUGUCCUUGUAUCUCCUCAUUAGUUUUGUAUGGAUGUCCUCCUUACCUUUGUAUGAAACACGGUACCGCUGAUAGAUCUCCCUGUGCACUUUCUUGUUUUAUCAAAGUGUAUUCAUUUAAUAAAAUUCUUGUGAAUUAAUUUGGAUGGGAGUUGUUUUUUAUCCAUAGUUUCAUCUCCAAAUUUGGUGACCAUACAAUUA